AUGUCAUCCAUUGAUGUUCACACACACUAUUCCUACCAGAUUAUGUUGCCGGAAGCUGUGGCAAUUGUUAUGGCGCCACAAGACUCUUCAAGGAAUCACGGAAUAUUCCGGCUGACAACGCCGGGAGGAAUGACGGUGAUAAGAAAUUGUGACCAGCGUGGGUUUCACGCGCAUAGUUCACCGGCAGACGGAGGACCAAUUUACAAUACGUGUAAGGAUGUUUACAUGAACCCUAAUCUCAAGUUUGAUGUCAUUGAUCUUCGAUAGCAUCAGUUGUGCGUUUGAAUGUGAAACUAUCUAUUCGUGUUUGUUUAUAUCCCGAUUUUAAAUAUGAUGUACAUUUGUUUUCCAUGUACCAAUUUUUAUGUUAACAUGUGUAUUCAUGUAAAACUGAAAAUAAACCAAGACAAAAUACAAUUAUACUGUAUAAUAAUUUGUACCAUUGUCAUUUUUGUCACUAA